AGAGCGCCCGCCAUGCGCGCUGCCCCCGCCGCCCCGCUGCUCCAGCUGCUACUGCUGCUGGGGCCGCGGCUCGAGGCUGCGGGCGUCGCAGAGCCGCCGCUGCCCGCCGUGGUCCUUGCCAUCCUGGCCCGCAAUGCCGAGCACUCUCUGCCCCACUACCUCGGCGCGCUGGAGCGGCUGGACUACCCCCGGGCCAGGCUGGCCCUCUGGUGUGCCACAGACCACAACGUGGACAACACCACAGAGAUGCUGCAGGAGUGGCUGGCUGCUGUGGGCGAUGACUAUGCCGCUGUGGUCUGGAGGCCUGAGGGGGAGCCCAGGUCCUACCCCGACGAAGAGGGCCCUAAGCACUGGACCAAAGAAAGGCACCAGUUUCUGAUGGAGCUGAAACAGGAAGCCCUGACCUUUGCCAGGGACUGGGGGGCCGACUAUAUCCUGUUUGCAGAUACGGACAACAUUCUGACCAACAACCAGACACUGCGGCUUCUGAUCGAGCAGGGGCUGCCCGUGGUGGCCCCGAUGCUGGACUCUCAGACCUACUACUCCAAUUUCUGGUGUGGGAUCACCCCCCAGGGCUACUACCGCCGCACAGCCGACUACUUCCCUACCAAGAACCGCCAGCGCCGGGGCUGCUUCCGUGUCCCCAUGGUCCACUCCACCUUCCUGGUAUCCCUGCGGGCGGAGGGGACAGAACAGCUGGGCUUCUACCCCCCUCACCCCAACUAUACCUGGCCCUUCGACGACAUCAUCAUCUUCGCCUACGCCUGUCAGGCUGCUGGGGUCUCGGCCCACGUGUGCAACGAGCACCGUUAUGGGUACAUGAACGUGCCUGUGAAAUCCCACCAGGGGCUGGAGGAUGAGAGAGUCAACUUCAUCCACCUGAUCUUGGAAGCGCUGGUGGAUGGGCCCCCCAUGUGGGCCUCAGCUCAUGUGUCCCGGCCCCCAAAGAGGCCCAGCAAGAUGGGGUUUGAUGAGGUGUUUGUCAUCAGCCUGGCCCGACGGCCCGACCGCCGAGAGCGCAUGCUGAGUUCGCUCUGGGAGAUGGAGAUCUCUGGGCGUUUGGUGGAUGCCGUGGACGGCCGGUCCCUGAUGGGCGGGGCGGGGGUGGGAGCAGGCCAGUCAUGUUCCCCCGGCAACCAGGGGUCACAGGCCCCACGUGCCCACUGCCGUUUGCUGCAUACGCCCCAGCCCUGUGGACUGCAGGAUGUCCAUCCUCUGCUUGGGCCGCUGCCUAAGAGGGUGCUCAACAGCAGCGUCAUGAAGAGCCUCGGCGUGGACCUGCUUCCUGGCUACCAGGACCCCUACUCGGGCCGCACGCUGACCAAGGGCGAGGUGGGCUGCUUCCUCAGCCACUACUCCAUCUGGGAGGAGGUGGUUGCCCGGGGCCUGGCCCAGGUCGUGGUGUUUGAGGACGAUGUGCGCUUUGAGAGCAAUUUCAAGAUGCGGCUGGAGCGGCUGAUGGAGGAGGUGGAGGCGGAGAAACUUCCUUGGGACCUGAUCUACCUCGGCCGGAAGCAGGUGAACCCUGAGGAGGAGGCAGCCGUGGAGGGGCUGCCGCACCUGGUGGUGGCCGGCUACUCCUACUGGACACUGGCGUACGUCCUGAGCCUGGCCGGCGCCCGCAAGCUGCUGGCCUCCCAGCCCCUGCGCCGAAUGCUGCCCGUGGAUGAGUUCCUACCCAUCAUGUUUGACCAGCACCCCAAUGAGCAGUACAAGGCACACUUCUGGCCGCGGGACCUGCGGGCCUUCUCAGCCCGGCCCCUGCUCGCUGCUCCCACCCACUACGCGGGGGACGCUGAGUGGCUCAGCGACACAGAGACGUCCUCGCCCUGGGACGAUGACAGCGGCCGCCUCAUCAGCUGGAGUGGCUCUUAUAAGACCCUGCGGGACCCCCGCCUGGACCUGGCCGGCAGCAGUGGGCACAGCCUCCGUCCCCACCCCCAGGAUGAGCUCUAGGUCAGGGUGGUGACUCCAGAGAAGCACCCGGGAAUAGGCCAUAGCUGUCCAGGGAGCAGAGCAAGAGCUGCCACCAGGAACCAUAGACCCAUUAGAGACCUGGCUGCCACCUUGGGCACGGCCACUCUGCCCUCUGGACCUGUCUUCCAUUGGGAGAAACCACUCAGAGAUGGGUCCCCUUCCCCAAAGGUCACGUAGCACAAGGGCAGGGCUCACAGGCCCUCUUACUUUGCCAGCCUGAUUCAGGGCCUGGGGUGGAGGGAAGAAGGGAGGGCCCCCAGCCUUCAGUUUCAAGCUGGGCGGACACAGGAGCCCUGCCCCCAGCUGAGGACCCAGCUGCUGGGGCCCCUCUGCCGCCUUCUACCUCCACCUCAGUUCCCUACCCAGCUUGACACAUGGGUCUCACCUGCCACCCUCUGCCCUGGCCAGUGGGAAGUGCAGGGAGGUGGGAGGAGGACCCAGCACACAGUAGGCCCUCAAUAAAAGCUGGCUGGUAUUGCACUUUA